AUGAGUAUAUAUGAUCAUUUAGAAGAGUUGAGACAGAGAAUUUUCAAGUCAGUUUUCGCCGUUGGAGCUGCUAUGCUUGGUUGUUUUGCAUUCUCAAAGGAACUUAUUAUAUUCCUUGAAGCUCCAAUUAGCACACAAGGUGUUCGAUUUUUGCAACUAACUCCUUCAGAGUUCUUCUUCACAUCUCUAAAGGUUUCAGGAUAUUGUGGCCUCCUAUUAGGAAGCACUGUGAUUCUCUAUGAGAUGAUAUCGUUUGUUCUUCCGGGUUUAACAAAGGAAGAGAGAAGAUUCUUGGGGCCAGUUGUCCUAGGGUCCUCAGUUCUUUUUUAUGCUGGCCUAAUCUUCUCUUAUUACCACUGGAUUAUCUUUCCAGGUUCCAGUAAUACAGCUGCUUCUUGGGCAACUGGGCUUGUGUCAUCAGAACAGAUGCUCUCUGUUUGGAGAUAUGUAGUGGCAGGUGCAGUGAUAGCUGCUGCUAUACUCACACCAUCAACAGAUCCUCUUACUCAACUGCUGCUGGCUGGCCCCCUUACGAGUCUUUAUUUGGGUGGAGCAUGGAUGGUAAAGCUUCUUGGCCAAUGA